GACAUAUUCCCAGAAAAUGUAUCGCUUGGCCUUCAAACGUUGAAAGGGAAUUUCUAUCAAGAUACUACUUAUCAAAUACUAUUCUUAUUUUCCAACUUGACACAGAGUCUAUAGGAUUAGCCUUUUUCAAUUUGGAUGAUUAUCAUUAUACGCCGGUUAACUUAUCUCCCGGGUUGAAUACAAUACAUAUUGAUUAAAAUGCUUCGACGAUCCAAAGCGAAGCAGCAGGCUCGGCGCCAGUCCGAAGGCCCCGUGCUGAAUGAAGAAGACGAGCAGUUUUUACGAAAUGCUACAGAUGAGAGCAGGCCUCCGCCUCUUCCAGAAAGCCCCGCGGUCAUUACCGAGGGAAAAGUCACAGGAGAGGAGCCAGUGGGGAAAGAUCCGCAGAUUGCGCUGAUGAAUGGAGCUCAAGACAUCCCUCUGCCGGAGACGCCGGAUGAGCAGACGGAAGAAAGCACAGACACGGAAGCGGGCAAGGGCAAGAGCAAGCAAGGAAAGAGCCGGUUCAAUCCGCUGUCGUACUUUCAGCGACGAAAGAGCAAGGCUACCGUUGAGAAAGAAGCUGGUCCAGAAGGAGCCAAAGAAAAUACUACAGAUGCAGAAGAGCAGGAAGAUAUAACCGCGACGCUCGACAAGCUGAACCUAGCUGCAAUAAACAAUCGCGUUUUCAGCCUCUCACAGGAAUCGCAAGAGCUUCUUCAAAAGUUCAAUUUGAUUGUCAAAGACCUUAUCAAUGGCGCGCCUACAGCAUAUGACGACCUUGACCGUCUUUUGACAGGUUCAGAGCAACAACUCAAAAAAAUGUUUGGGACCAUGCCGCCAUUCCUGCAGUCACUUAUCCGCUCGCUUCCCGUAAAAGUUGCCACGAGUCUCGCGCCUGAAAUUCUCGCCGCGGCAUCUGAGAAACCAGGAGCGGAUGCAGCAGCCACUGCUGCCGCAACUGCUUCUGCCGAAGAGGACACCAAAGGGAAAGAAAAGGAGAAGAAGAGCAGAUAUCCUAGCUUGAAAACACUCGUUGCCCAGCAGGGCGCAGUAGCAGGCAUGCUUCGCUCCAUUCUCAACUUUUUGCGUCUUCGAUGGCCGGCGUUUAUGGGCAGCUCAAACAUUUUGCUCAGCAUGGCUUUAUUUGUACUCCUUUUCGUUUUCUGGUAUUGUCACAAACGCGGUCGUGAGACGCGUUUGUCUCGCGAACAAGCUGAGAUCAUGGGUGUCAGCGAGGCAUCGGACGUGGAGGCUUCUGAUCUAGAGGCUUCCACCGCGGAUGUAAAAGGACAGUCUGAAAAGACCGAAGCCACUACCGAUUCCCCCCAAGCUAUAGGAUUGAAGGACCAGGAGGACAUCAAAUCAUCUCCCGCUCGCGAACCUGAGACAGACGCGGCCAAAGCACCAGAAAGUGCCGCCUCUGCGAUUUUGUCAGCCCCGUUGCCUGCUGAGGUACCCCUGCCUUCCCCGGAUGAGAAGGAAAAGGGCGAGUCUAAACAAGCUUAAUUUUCGAAGGUGUCAAGACUUGGCUCAGAUGGGAAUUGGGAUUGGCGCAGGAAUGGGUCAAUUGUUCGCUUUAUCUUUCAAUUCCCCUUCUUAUCUUUUUUUGUCCGGAUCAACACUCUCGAUGGGAGAGCGCUUUUCCCCUUGUAUUCGGCGGUUUCAAUAUGAUGCUUUAUUUUUGAUCGAACACCACUAAUUCUAUGUUGGUGGAUGUCAACCA